CUUUUGUCUCUCUCAAUCUCUGAAACUCGUUGGUUCUCUCUGAGAAUCAUUUUCUCAGUUCUCAGAGACUCUGACUCUCUGUCUCUUAGUCUCUUGAUCUUUGUUGCUGUCUUCCCGACUGUCUGUCUCUCUCUCGCUCAAAACAAGGUACUAACAUGGAUUUCGAAAAUCAAAAUGGUGUUGAUCCAAGUUACAAGCUUCUUCCCACAGAAAGAGAAUGGGAUUUGGGAAUUCAAAUCUGUGAGCUGCUGCAACCGUUUGAUGAGAUAACCAACUUGAUCUCAGGUUCGACUUACCCUACCUCUAACUUGUACUUUAUGCAAGUGUACAAGAUUGAGUUGUGGCUGAAAUCGCAUGAGAACAGCAGUUCAGAAGUCAUUGUCGAGAUGGUUGGGGCAAUGAAAGUUAAAUUUGACAAGUAUUGGCGUGAGUACAGUGUGAUUCUUGCAAUGGCAGCAGUGUUUGAUCCUAGGUUUAAGUUGUCUCUGCUUGAUUAUUGCUUCACAAAGUUGGAUGAUGGUACUGCUGAGCAAAAGGUGGUUCAUGUCUCAGAUAAUCUGGAACUUCUUUUUAAAGCCUAUUCUAAACCAGAAACAGAAGCUGCUCCAUCAACUGGAAACAACACAGACGAUUCAGUAGCUGGAGUUGAAUCAUCACAGACCUCUCUAUAUGAUGACUUCUACAACUUUCGCAAGAACAGUGUGAAUGCUAAUGGAAAAUCUGCAUUGGAUAUGUAUCUAGAAGAACCACUGGUGGACGUAAAGGCUUUUCCAAAUUUGGAUGUUUUAUCCUAUUGGAAGGACAACUCUCAUCGCUUUGGUGUGUUGGCUACUAUGGCUUCAGAUCUUUUGAGCAUUCCUAUAACUACUGUGGCCUCCGAGUCCUCAUUCAGCAUUGGCUCACGAGUUCUAAACAAGUACAGAAGCUGUCUCCUUCCUCGAAAUGUUCAAGCAUUGAUAUGUGCUCGUAAUUGGAUCCGCGACUUUGAACCAUAUGACAAUGAUAUUGAGGUGGCUGAUUCUGGUGAUCAAAAUGAGAGCUUGCCUCCGAUUCAGGUGGUGAUGUGAUGUGUUGUGGUGUGGCAAGAAUAAGAAGAAGAAGACCCUAUGUAAUUUGUUUUUAAAUUUGCUGUGUUGUGUGUUAAAACUUAAAACUUAAACUUAUGGUUUUGCUGUUUGUUGAACUUGUUGUUGUUGUUGUCUUGUUUAAACUUAAAACUAUCUGUUGUUGCUGAAACUAAAAUCAUUUCCCGUUUGUAUUGA